CAGUGAGGUGUCACGUCUGCACACUCAGAUCAGAAACCACUACCUACCCCCUGUGUCUAUCAGCUCUACAGUGGAUACUUCUCUGUAAAUGUUUCAGGUGGCUCCCGACUUGAAUCUCAAAUAAUCUCAAUAGAUACGGAAUCUCUCAACAAUGAAUCUCAGACAAUUAUCUAAAUAUUUGAAAAAGAAAAGGAACUUUUUAAAAUGUGUAGUGUGUGCGAUUGUGCUGUGGUGUACGUACGAUUAUUUUGGAAUCGGUGACUACUUACAUGCAUCAAGCUUCGAAAACGAUUUCCACUAUCCACUCGAUGUGAAUAUCAAAGACCUAGUGAAUGAAGUGUUAAGUAACCAGAAGCUCUCGGUAACUCCUAUCAACUACUACCCUUACAGUUUCCUCAGCAACUCCGGGAAAUGUACCAAUAUCGAGAAGAUAGACUUAAUGAUCGUGGUCAAAUCGGCGAUGGAUCACUUUGGCCACAGAGACACCAUCAGAAAAACAUACGGCAAUGAGGAUAUACCAGGACGUACUGUGAAGAUCCUAUUCUUCUUAGGAGUCGACGGAAAGCCCAAGUCCGACGUGCAGCGCCAAAUAGACCAGGAGAUGGCAGACUUCCACGACAUCAUUCAGAUGGACUUCAUCGACUACUACUACAACAACACCAUCAAGACGAUGAUGUCGUUCCGCUGGGUAUACGAACACUGCUCGCACGCCGAUUACUACCUGUUUACAGACGACGACAUGUACAUCUCCGUGAACAACUUGCUGGGGUACCUCCACGACCGGCUCGAUGCGUCUAGCGCGCUGCAGGGAGACUUGUUGUUCACCGGAUACGUGUUCCACUCGGCUCCGCAGCGGUUUAGAUUCAGCAAGUGGCGUGUGUCAUUGGAGGAGUACCGCUGGGACAGAUGGCCGGACUACGUGACAGCAGCCGCUUAUGUCUUAUCCAAUAAGGCUAUGCGUGUCAUGUACAUUGGUAGUCUGUUUGUGAAGCACUUCCGUUUCGACGACAUCUACCUGGGCAUAGUGGCAAAGAAGGUGGGCAUCACGCCAGAGCAUUGCCCACACUUCUAUUUCCACAAGAAAAAGUUCUCCCUCGACGCCUAUGAGGACGUGAUAGCGUCGCACGGUUACCAUGAUCACGAUGAACUCAUCAGGGUCUGGCACGAGAUGAAUUGCAAGUGAAUAAAAGACUGUACAAGUACCUACUGCAAUCUAGAUUGUCAUAGGCAUUUUUCCAUUUUGGAUGAUAUCCACGAAAGACAUAUUAUGUUCUGUUGAAAAAUAUUUUAAUUUAUUUUAUUCCUAUAGCUUUCUAUUUGUCAUUGUAUCUUGAAUGCUCAAUUGAAUUGAAGCUAGAUGAUGCUGACCGCAAUCGUAAAUAUUUUGUAGGGGGUUGGAUCUCAAAGUUAGUUUAAAGAAAUACAGCCCGAAUCUGGAUAAGACUCAGUGCCGACUGCCGACUCUACAUAGGUUAGGAAACCGUAACUGUGUAAUUGGGCGAAAGGUUAGGAAAAAACCUAGUAAAGUAGAAUCUCAAAAUAUGUCACAAUCAACAACUUUUUUCUAUUCUAACUUUAAGUUUAUACUUUAUACCAAUAACACUGGCUUCCACAGACAAUACCUAAGUUGGGAUGUUGUACUUUUGUAGUAAAUAUUUCUAGUUGUCUAGUGUUGUAGUCGAGGAGGUACAAUAUAUUUUAUGCGCUCUUCUGUAAUAUAAUUUAGAAAACAAUGCUUAUGUGAUAGUGUGCAAUUAUCGGUAUUUAGAUACUUACUAUCUUACACAACCUUCUGGGCAAGAGCUUUUGAUGAAUUUCUCCAACUACAUUUAUGGUGAUAAAAGUAACUGGAAAAAUUUCCAAAUUUUGAUUUUUCAACUGCUCUGGAACUGUCACAACCAAAUGCAUCCGACAUUCCCAAAUUAACAAAAAUGACGCGGUUCAGCUAUUUCAUAAAAAGUAUAUAUAUAGGAUAGUUAGUAACUAAGUACAUAGACAAUGUAUAAUUAAAAGUACAUAUUUCACUUCGUAAGAUACUGUAAAUACGAAGGUGAAACCGGGUAAUGUAUACUCCCCUUAUAUUUUCCAAAAAUGAUAUAUUUGUAGAAAUAAAAGUCUUUAAUUAAA